UUUUUGGACCAAAUCUGGAAUAUAGAAAUUGUGAUGUUGCAGAGUGUGCAAUUGUUGUAAUAAAUGAAAAAUGGAGUGGCCUCUGACCUGUCUUUCUCUUAAAAUAAAACUUCACUCCCUCCCUCCCGCCAACACCUUUCAUUGCCUUCUCUAGUCUCUCUUUUUUUUGAACACUUGACACUCUCUUCUCCUCUUCCUUUCAAAGAUCGGAGAACCAUGAGCGCCGUCAACAUCACCAACGUCACCGUCCUCGAUAAUCCUGCUUCCUUUCUCGCUCCUUUUCAGUUCGAGAUUUCCUACGAGUGUUUAGCCGCUCUCAAAGAUGAUUUGGAAUGGAAGCUCAUUUACGUUGGAUCUGCUGAGGAUGAGACUUAUGACCAGUUAUUAGAGAGUGUUCUUGUUGGUCCUGUCAAUGUUGGAAACUAUCGAUUUGUUUUACAGGCGGAUCCACCGGACCCGACGAAGAUUCGUGAAGAAGAUAUAAUUGGUGUUACUGUGCUUCUACUGACCUGCUCUUAUUUGGGUCAAGAGUUUAUUCGUGUUGGUUAUUAUGUUAACAAUGACUAUGAUGAUGAGCAGCUGAGGGAGGAACCUCCGACGAAGGUUUUGACAGAUAGGGUUCAGAGGAACAUUUUAUCUGAUAAACCUAGGGUUACGAAGUUCCCGAUCAAUUUCCAUCCUGAGAACACUGAAAUCGAAGAGCAACCUGUUCCAUCGGAGCAACAACCUGAAACUGUUGAAGAUUCACCGGCUAUAGGUGAACGCGAGCCCCUAAAUGAGGGGGACAAAAAAGAGGAUUCUUAGGAUUUUGUAGGUAUACAGGCCUUUCAAUUCUCCAAUGUCCGACUUUACAUUACCUGUAUGGAUUAAGAUACUUUUUGUGAAAUCUCUUAUGGAUGAAGUUGAUGAUAUGAUUCAUGAGUUCUUUUGGAAGUAGGAGGAGUCUUUGAAUUACUAGGUUCAAGAUAUUGUAGUGUGUGAAAACCAGUUACUGUCGACAAAGCUUUGCAAUACAAAUCCAUUUUCAUAAGUUCCUGUGUUUCACUAUAUGAGCCAAGAAGCCGUGCUGUAAUUUUUUGCUUUUAUAUUCAGUUUGCCUGAGUUAUUUCUAGCUUA